UCACAUGCACUCCCAACACGUUGCACUUUCUUUCCCCUUUAAAACAACACCAUCCCUUCUCUUACAAAAAAACGCCCUUUUCACUUUCACUUAUUAACACUUAGAAAAAAGCACUACUUACAAAAUAUGGGUGACCGUCACGCGCACGGCCAGAUUCAAACUCACCAAUACCCACACCAAAUUCAAGUACACCCACACCGUACAACUCAUGAAGCUGGUGGUAUGAUCAAAAGUCUUCUACCUCAAAGAGGUCCUUCAGCUACACAAGUGCUAGCAAUUGUAACUCUUCUUCCUGUUGGCGGGACCCUUUUCUGCCUAGCUGGCAUUACCCUUUUCGGCAGUUUAAUUGGGCUUGCUGUUGCCACCCCUGUUUUUCUCCUCUUUAGCCCAGUUCUCGUACCUGCUAUUCUGACAUUUGCCCUUGCUGUUGCUGGUUUCUUGACUUCUGGUGCUUUUGGUGUUACUGGGCUUUCAUCUCUCUCUUGGAUUCUCAAUUACUUUAGGCAAGGUAAGUUUGUGCCGGAGAAUUUGGAUGCGGUGAAGAGACGCAUGCAAGAUGCUGCUGUGCAGCUAGGACAGAAGACUAAGGAUGCAGGACAAACAAUUCAGAACAAAGCACGUGAAGGGAAAGAAGGCGCCAGGACUACUUAGCUUGAUCUUUACUAAUUACGACUAUAUAUUAAGUUGAAAUAAAAAUGUACGUUGAACAUGCAAUUUAAUUUUGACAUGUUCUCUUGAGCUUUAAUUCUACUAGUGUCUUGUGUAGUAUGCUUUUGUUUAUAUGAUGUAAUGGUUUUGGUUAAUUUAUUUCUCGGUCGUUUCAUUUUUUUAUUUAGUCCAGCAGGUUGGAAGUCUGUAGUUUUAAUUUCAUAUUGUUGUAAA